GUUCAUUAGCGCACACUGUAGCAAAAUGUUUUGUAACAGAAAACCUGAAAAUGAGUGUUUCUUUUUGGACAUGUUCAGAUAGUAUAGAACCUCCCCGCUUCACUCCGUUUUGGAGCGCUUUCUUCCAUUUUGUGCCUACUGAACACGACCCUGGUGACCCUGGUGAAGGGUGUUGUUCUAGCAAUAGGUUAUCAAAUCAGAUGAAAGAGAAUUUACCGCAUGUUAUAAAAAUAAAAAUACUGCAUGCCUUCAGUACUGAGACAUGUACGAGAUAUGCCAGCAUACAGCAAGAGCACUUCUGAAAGCUCUGCUUAGGGAAGCAACCCUUUGAAAUGUUGAUAAGAUAGCAGAAGAAUGGCACAGCGAGGAGAAGACAAAUGAAAAGUCGAAAAAUGGGUCGUGUUUUUGCUUCAAGGUAAAAGUUUUCGCGAUUAAGGAAUAUUACUGAAUCAUUUGAACUGGGAUAUUAUGGAUAUGCUUAAGCCACAAAGCAGAAUAACCAUAUUUAUUCUAUAUUGCAUGGAAUAUGAGUCAUUCAAUCAAACUACCCACUGCAAAAUGUGUAAUAUACCAUAUUACCAUCUUAUUGCUGCACAAUAACAGAUUUAUUAGCCAUAAAAAUGCAUUUCAACUGUUAAAACCUGCUAAUUUUUGUUUGCUGUAUGAUCAGACCAAAUUCUGAGAGAUUUUAUUUCAAAUAUCUGAUACUGUGUUUACAAUAGUUCCCAGAGUUCUUCCUGGUUAUCUCAAGGCCCUAUGUAAUGCAUAUCUUGCAUGGAUCCAUGGAUUCAUAAUGAAAUCCCAACUCUGAGAAAAAGGACGCAUGGAACUCACUGGGGAAUAUGUCAAAGGAGGAAGCCAUGCAAGCGUACGUCAAUGACAUUCAGCUGAUUCUGGAGACUCUUCCAGUCACAGAGGAGGUGUCUGAUCUGCUGGAGGCUCUUGGGGGGUAUUUCUUCGAAGAAGUGGAGGGAGGAGUGGAGGAAGAGAAGGAGGAGGACAAGAGGGCCUACAGCAGGCCUUUCGCAGCAGCUGCAGAGAGGAAGUCCCCAGGCCCUGACAUGAAUCUGCUCAGGGUGAAGGACCGCAGGUGGAGGUCAGAGGUCAGCUCGUCCAACGGCAGUGUGGAGCCCAGCGUCUCCUCCAUGACCAACGGGACACAGAGCUCCCUCAACAGUGAGGUGGAGGAAGAGGAACUGGCCUACUCCAAAGAUCCCCUACCGGAGAACCGCUACAGGCAUCUGAACAGACACCUCGGUGAGCGUCUUCGAGUCAACGACUCGGACAAUGAGGAAUUCUGUGACUCAAUGGAACAUUUAGCCAUGGAGGAGGAAUCGGGAAUACCCAGGGUACACUCCUCCGGGACAAGGGCAAGUCAAGCUAAGAGGAGGAGUCUUCAGGGAGAGAACCUGGAUGAGGACCUGAGUCUCCAGGAAGACUCCCCUCACAGGGAGGGGCUUCAUACAGAACGACGUGACAGUUGCUGGUCAAUGAGUGGAAUAGGUUCCAGGUCAUCGGGGCUAGGUUGCGGGUCACAGCUUUUUACCAGUGGAAAUGCUGCAGAGGGCUGGGUUAUGCAGAACAGGACUGAGGCUGUUGCCAGUGGUAACCUUAAUGAGCACAUCGCCAUGGCGCUAACCAGGCUGCAGGAGGACAUGGCUAACGUGCUUCAGAGGCUUAACACUCUGGAGGCCCUGACCACAUUACAGACUAGAUCACUUUCUCAGGCUAGACAAGAUGGCUCCUUAUCCCUAGCAAGAAAGAGUCCUUCGUGGUGGCCUUUGCACCUGUCUCCUACCACCGUGGUGUUUGCUACAGUCUGGCCUUUGAUUUCUCAUUGGCUGGUUCAUAUUUACCUCCAACGAAAGAGGAAAAAGAUAAGCUGAGGAUCGAGUGGGUUAUUCAAGCAAGCCAAACUCGAGGGAGAAUUGCCUCUACUUUUUGUAUAGAAAUUGUACUUUUCAUUUAAAUUCUCUAAAUGUCACUGUUUGGCACUGGACACCAGCUGUAAUUGUACAGAGAGGUGAUUUGUAAUACAUAAUUCACAAUUUAUGUUUUAUUUAAACAUCGUCUGGAUUUACAGGCACAAUACAAGGUUUGUUUACCAUGUGAAAAAAUGUGUAAUAUUAUUUUGAUACCCCACUAAUGCCAUACAAUAUUGCAACUUCGUGGAUCGGUUUCCCGGAUUCCUAUUGGACUAAAAAUCACUUUCAAUGCUUUCAAUGGGUUUUCUCCAUUGAAGUCCAAGAGAUAGGCUCUUAUAGGUUCAUAUGUUCUUAACACAUGACAUAGUGAACCACUAACUUGCUUGAUCAUUUGCUCUAAUUUAAAACAGGGUUCAGCGCAAUAUAUAUUACCCCUUUGUCACCUAGAAUUACAUUAUGGUCCCGUUUCUCGAAAAUAGGUAAUACAUGAAUGUUUGUCAUAUGUAUACACAUAAAGAUAGUGUACAUUGGCCUCAAAAAACAAAACAUCACAAGUUUUACAUGGCACUGCCUGAGGGGGAUCAAGACAUAAUAGAUAUAUUGAUGUGGUGUUGAGGUCCAUGAACAUAACUAGAUUUUAUACAGUAUUUAUUAACCAUAUUAUAGUACAUACGUAAGCAUACUCCUACUUGACAUUGAUCAAUAACCUUCAACUAACCACUAAUGGAUUAUAUAUUAAUAUUUUAUUUGCAAUAUACGUAAAUAUUUCAGAAUGUUUAGCAAAGAAAUCCCAGAAGAACAUUCGACUUUUAUUAAUACAGAGGGAUGAGGAAGGUUUCUGUGUGGAUCAAAGGCUGAACAUUAUUGUACAAUAUCUGCUGUCUAUUAUCAUUUGCAAUGAGCCCAAAUCAUACACUUCCAGAAAGAAAUCCUUUAGGGUUUGUAGGAAUGUUAUAUUUUCCUAAUCUUAUGUAGAGAUUGUAGGUUUUUUUCUUCCUGUGAACACAUUGUGUAAUUUAUGAGAAAUUAAUGAUAGAAAACAACAUUAUAGUGCAAAAUGUUGUAUUUGUAGCAUUUAAUUUUACUACAAGAAUGUAUCUAAGUAGCCAAUUGAUGAUUAUACAAUUAUAACCAGAGAUGCACAUGCUAGUUGCAAUAAAGCCUUGUUCACACUGCA